AUGCUUACCACCGAACCUUUAUUUUUACAUUUUCCUAUAGAUGAUUUACCUGUAGUAUUAACUACAGACGCUAGUGAUAUCGGAAUAGGUGGUGUUUUACAGCAAGAAGUCAAUGGGCAACUCCAACAAUUUGAUGAUAUAUUCGAUAUUGAAUAUGGCUUAGCUAGUAAAUCUCGUUCGAUCUUAUCAUCAGCUACAUCUGAUAAUGAUACUAAGAACUUAACAUCAGAUUCAACAGUUUCUUCUACUAAUCCGAAUGUUUUAGCAGCCAUGACUCUAAGACCACCGUUAUAUUUACCAUCAUCAAUGAUAAAUUCUCUAUUGAAAGCAUGUCACGAUGAUCCAUUGACAGGCGCUCACUUUUCUACAGAUCGUAUGUACUAUAAAAUUCGUCCUCAUUUUUGGUGGCCCAAUCGUGCUAAAAGAUAUGGUCACUUACGUUCUAUUCCACCACCUGAAGGACCAUUCGCUCUAAUAGGCAUUGAUUUUUGUGGACCAUUACCUAGGACUCCUAGUGAAAAUCAAUAUGUGCUUAUUAUUACAGAUUAUUUUACGAGACAUAUAACAGCAUUAGCACUUCCAAACUGCACAGCAGAAACUGCAGCGCGCGCCUUAUUCGAUGAUUGUUUUUGCAAGUUUGGUAUACCGUCAGUUAUCUUAAGCGAUCGUGGAACACAUUUUCAAAAUAAGUUAAUGGAGAAUCUACAACAUCUCAUAGGAUACAAUCAUAUAUAUAGUACUCCAUACCAUCCCCAAACAAAUGGUAUCGUAGAGCGUUUUAAUGCUACUUUUGUAACUCAGAUUUCAAAGUUACAAAAUGCUCAACAUAACAAUUGGGAUGAGUACUUGCAAGCCGUUGUCUUUGCUUAUAAUACAGGAGUACAUAAGUCCACGAAAUUUUCUCCCUAUGAGUUACUAUACGGUCGUACUGCUCGUCUACCUAUUCAUAUACAACCUACAGAAUUUACCUUUCCCAAGCCUAAUGAUUAUUUUGAACAACUAAAAAAGACGUUGCGUAUAUUUCAUCAGGCUUCGCGUGAAAAUAUAUUAUUUCAACAACAAGCUAAUCAGGCGUAUUAUAAUAAGAAUCGUCUUGAUCCACA